AUGACAUUCGGCGGCAUGUGCCCCGAAAAAUACGGUAAAUGCAGCAAAGAUGAAAACUUUGCAAUGAUGGGCUUCUUUUAUGACCACAGUGGCAACUUCUUCGACAUGGCAAAUGCCUACCAAGAUGGCCAGUCUGAGGUCUGGCUAGGCGGAUGGAUCGCCUCCCGCAAGAACCGCGACGAGCUCGUGAUAGCAACCAAGUACACCUCUGGGUAUAUGCUGCACCGCAAAGACAAGAUCCAGGCCAACUUAGUCGGCACCGGAACCAAGUCCAGGAACCACUCUGUGGACGAGUCUCUACGCAAGUUCCAGACCACCUAUAUUGAUCUAUUUUACGUGCACUGGUGGGACUACACAACCUCGAUCCCGGAAUUGAUGCAGAGCCUCAACCACCUAGUCGUGUUAGGGAAGGUGCACUAUCUUGGCAUUUCAGAUACACCUGCUUGGGUCCUGACCAAGGCGAACAAGUACGCUCGCCGGAACGGGCUACGACAAUUCUCGGUGUAUCAAGGGAAGUGGAAUGCCGCGAGGCGAUACCAUGAACGAGACAUCAUUCCCAUGUGCGCAGAUGAAGGAAUGGGUCUUGCCCCGUACGCGACAUUGAACGCCGGCAAUUUCCAGACGGCCGAAGACUAUAAGGCCCCCGAGAAGUCUAAUAAUGGCCGCAGAUUUAUCCCUGUGUGCGCGCGGGAUAGGCAAGUUGCUGCUAUCCUGGAGAAAAUCGCCAACAAGAAGGGUGGAGGUGUGACGCUGCUGGAUAUCGCGCCGGCAUAUAUCUGUCAUAAGGCGCCUUAUGUCUUCCCAAUUGUUGGUGGUCGGACUGUUGACCCUCUGAAGAGGAAGUAUUCCUGA